UUAAACCCGCAAUGAACUCAACCAGACAAACAAAAAACUAUCGUUGGCUCGACUCAAAGCACCUUUUUGGUCAGAAUGGGAGACGAAAGCAGUACCAGCAACAACGACGACGACAAAGAUCCAUGGUUGGCACCCGACAAACUCUACCAUUUCCUCUUCUGCUUCUUUCUUACAUUCCUCUUCUCCACUUUAGCUUCACUCUCCCGCUACUCCUUUCUCCGUAGCCAUUCUAUUCGGGUUGGAUCCAUCCUCUCCCUCGCCGCUGGGGCUGCCAAGGAGGCUGCUGACCAGCUCGGAUUAUUCCCCUCUGCUGGUGCCUCUUCCAGAGAUGCCGUCGCCGAUCUCCUUGGCGUUUUGGUCGCUGCAAUGGCGCUUUCUCUAUGGAAGAAGCUGCUCCGAUCCGGGUCCGAUUCGGGGCACUCCCAACGGGUUUUGCCUGUUUGAAUGAGAAUCUCCCGUUAAUUGGGUAAAUGGGUUGACUGUUUUUUGGUAGAUUCAACGCAUGGCUAGUUACUUGGAGGACAGGAAACAUUUGGUUGCCGAUGAAAUGAAGGGAAAGAAAGCAGUCAUUGACGGAUGCUAAUUACCUCCUGAAGCUCCUCACGGUUACUGGCUUUUCACCAUCUUCCUCGGGCAGUUUGACAGCAGUAUAGGUUCCUGCACCACAUAGUGCCCCCAGGAUGGGAGCAGUGAAGUAGACC